UAUGUCGAAAGCAAGGUCAGGUUUAGGCAGCGUCAAACGCGACUGGUCGUCUAAUGACGUGCUUCACGAGCCUUGCUCAUCGCAAGAGAUCGCGUGGCCACCAACGCAAGCCCCGCAACCGGCUGCACCGCCUAGAAAGCUGACAGGCUCAGAACUGCGGCUGAAAGCGAUCCAAGAGGCUCUCGCAGGAUAUCCCCCUGCUGUUCCGCCACCACUCGCGAAAUCGUCUAUUCAAAACAAACGUGCAAGUCCCACCGCCCAGCUUGCUGCUGAACCCCAACCUAAACGAGCUCGCCAGCUGCCCCCUGAUUGGCCAGGAACCGACGCGUUAUCGAAGCCGAGUCUGUCAGCAAAACCUCCUUCAGGCUAUUCGCGAACCAAUUCGAAGUCGACGUUUAACUCUCCUGCGAGCUCUUCGGGGACCAGCGCGCCGAAGAAGAUUGCUCCGGUUUUCCUGAGCCAGGAGCAGACACAGAUAUUGAAGCUCGUUCAGGAUGGAGACAGCGUGUUUUAUACGGGAUCUGCUGGAACUGGAAAAUCUGUGCUGUUGCGCGAGAUUAUCAAGACCCUGCGGAAGAAGUAUGCCAAGACCCCCGACGCGGUGGCCAUAACUGCAUCUACCGGUAUUGCUGCUUGCAAUAUUGGCGGUGUGACAAUCCACUCCUUUGCUGGCAUCGGGUUGGGCAUCGAACCUGCAGAAGACCUGGUCGUUAGAAUAAAAAAGAACAAGAAGUCAGUGACCCGGUGGAAUAGAACCAAGGUCUUGAUCGUGGACGAAGUGUCCAUGGUUGAUGGCGAUCUUUUCGACAAACUAGAAAGGAUCGCCACCAUCCUUCGGAAGGCCGAACCAUUUGGUGGCAUCCAGCUCAUCGUGACAGGCGAUUUCUUCCAACUUCCACCAGUUACCAAAGGCGUUCAACAAGUCAAAUUCGCCUUUGAGGCCGAGACGUGGAGGAAAACCGUGCAACAUACUUUCAACCUUACGAAGGUCUUCCGUCAAAGUGAUCAGGCUUUCGUGGACAUGUUGAAUGAGAUGCGGUUUGGAAAUCUCUCUCAAAAGUCCAUCCAAUCUUUCAAGAGCCUUUCACGAGAGAUCGAAUACGAUGACGGCCUUGGCCCUACAGAACGAUUCCCAAGGAGAGAAGACGUCGAGCGAUCCAACUCUACCCGCAUGUCCCGCCUGCGCACCACUGAAGAAACCUUCGCCUCCAUCGAUGGCGGGUCCAUCACCGACCCGAACCAGCGCGAGAAGAUGCUCUCCAACUUUAUGGCGCCCUCCCGGCUCGUCCUCCGGGUCGAUGCACAAGUCAUGCUCAUCAAAAACGUCGACGAGACGCUCGUCAAUGGGAGCAUGGGUCGGGUCCUCCGGUUCGUCGACCCGGCGAUCUACGGCACCGAGCUUGAUACGGAGCUCAUGGCUGGUGGUGGCCCUGGAGGAGGGAUGGAUGCAGGUGUGGUUGGUGCCUCAGCGUCGAAUUCUGGUGUGGGUGGGGAUAAGAAGAAGAAUGGGGCACCUGCGGCGGGUGUGAGGAAUAAGCCGUAUCCUGUUGUUGAGUUCAUGCUGCCCAAUGGAGGCAGGCGUCGUGUGCUUGUCAUGCCGGAAGUGUGGAAGGUCGAGCUCCCAAGUGGGGAGGUGCAAAUUAGCAGGACGCAGCUGCCCUUGAUCCUCGCCUGGGCGAUGAGCAUACAUAAGUCUCAAGGACAGACGCUGGAUCGUGUCAAGGUGGACCUUGGCAAAGUUUUCGAGAAAGGCCAAGCAUAUGUUGCCCUUUCCCGUGCAACAACUCUCCAGGGUCUCCAGGUACUCAACUUCGAUCCGAACAAGGUACAAGCCCAUCCCAAAGUCGUCCAAUGGAGCAAGACGCUCAAAACCAUUUCCAACGACGAUGAUUG